AUGUAUCUAUUUGACUUGCAGCUCAUUCCAUUACAAUUUUUAGGAGAAGCUUGUCACCCAGUAAUAGACUGUGCAAGAGGAUGCUCUCAAGAUAACACCUGCAGAGGAGAGAGAAACUACUCCUGCUCUUCCUCUUCUGACUUUUACUCCAGUCUUGGAUUGAAAGACUUUGACUUUCUAGGUGACACUUCUGUAGCAGAGGAGGAUACGGACUCAGCUAUCUUAUAUGGAACUUUGCGAGGAAGCAUUGUUGGAUUACGAUACUACACAGGGAUUGUUAAUAACAAUGAAAUGGUUGCACUUCAGAGGGAGCCCAAUAAUCCUUAUGAUAAAAAUGCAGUGAAAGUAAAUAAUGUGAAUGGAGACCAGGUAGGCCAUAUCAAAAAAGAACUUGCGGCAGCAUUGGCAGGGAUUAUGGACAACAAACUAGCAGUGGUUGAAGGGAUUGUCCCUUACGGAGCAAAAAAUUCCUUCACCAUGCCUGUGGAAUUGAGCUUUUGGGGAAGAGAAGAAAACAAGGAAGCAGUGCUAGAUCAGCUAAAAAGGCAUGGAUUUAAAUUGGCUCCUCCUCUGAAAGGUUCAGAAUAUGAUUUUGGAUCAAAGUGGAUUUCUGGGAGAGCUGGUCCAAGCUACAGCGCUCCGGUUCAUGCUGCUGUGCCGUUGACAACUGAACAGCUUAAAGGUGAAUUUGACAAAUUGUUUGAGGACCUAAAGGAAGACGAUAAAACUUGUGAAAUGGAAGCAGCAGAGGCUAUUGGUACACUUUUACUUCCCCAUCAGAAGCAGGCUUUAGGUUGGAUGGUUUCACGUGAAAACACUAAUGAUUUGCCACCAUUUUGGGAAGAGAGAAGUAACUUCUAUUACAAUACACUGACAAAUUAUGCAGAAAAGAAACGACCUAAAAAUGUUCUUGGAGGAAUACUGGCUGAUGAUAUGGGACUGGGUAAAACACUUACUACUAUUGCAUUGAUUCUCACAAAUUUUCAAGAUGGCAAGCCCCUUCCUGUUGAAAAGAUCACAAGUGAUAAGUUUUAUGAGGAAUCUGCUGCUAACAGCAUGAACAGCGUUGGACACGGACUUUGUAAAGACUCUAGCAAUGUGAUGAAGCCUGGUGUUUCUAAUGUAAAAAAGUUCGGAACUACUCCAUUGAAAUACCCAAGUUGUCUUCCUAAAAGAGAUAAAGCCAAGAAACCCAGACAUUUGGGAAACAGUGACUUGGAAGAGUCUGAAGAAUGGCUACUGCAACAAACAGAAACAACUUCUUGUGUUAACCAAGAAGAUCCAGUAUCUGUUCUUCUACCUUCAUCUGGUUGUUUAAAAAGACAAAGAAAGAGAAAAGGUACUGCUAGUGUUCAUUCAGUUGAGAAGAAAUAUUCUGAUGAUGGCCCCAGAGCAACACUGAUUGUGUGCCCGCUGUCUGUCCUAAGCAACUGGAUUGAGCAGUUUGAACAACAUAUCCACCGUGAUUUUGAUGUAAAGAUUUAUGUUUAUUAUGGUUCUGACCGUAGCAAAGACCCAUCAGUUCUUUCAGAACAAGACAUUGUAUUGACAACAUACAACAUUUUAGCUACUGAGUAUGGGAUCAGAGGUGAUAGCCCUUUGCACAAAGUCAAGUGGCUGAGAAUUGUGUUGGAUGAGGGGCACACUAUACGAAACCCAAAUGCUCAGCAAACUAAAGCUGCCUUAAAUCUGGAGGGACAUAGAAGAUGGGUACUUACAGGCACUCCUAUUCAGAAUUCUGUAAAAGAUUUGUGGUCUCUUAUUUCCUUCUUAAAACUGAAACCUUUUACUGAUCGAGAGUGGUGGCACAGAACAAUUCAACGUCCAGUCACAAUGGGAGCUCCAGGAGGACUUCGGCGUUUACAGUCUCUGAUUAGGAGUAUUACCCUUAGAAGAUCUAAAACAAGUCAAGUUAAAGGAACACCCAUUUUGCACUUACCAGAACGUAAAGUACUUAUUCAGUAUGUUACGCUUACAGAGGAGGAGAGACAAAUCUACCAGUCUGUGAAGAAUGAGGGCAAAGCUACUAUUAGCAGACUUUUCAGCGAAGGGAAUGUACUAGCUCAUUAUGCUGACGUCCUUGGUGUUCUGCUCAGAUUAAGACAGAUUUGUUGUCAUCCUCAUCUUUGUAUAAAUACCUCUGCUAAUUUUUCAAAUGAUAAUAGAACUCCCGAAGAACUGCAUGUGAGACUAGUGAGUAAAAUGAAGUUGGUUCUGAGCUCUGGUUCAGAUGAAGAAUGCGCAGUUUGCUUGGAAUCAUUGACUCUUCCUGUGAUAACACACUGUGCACAUGUGUUUUGUAAACCAUGUAUUUUUGAAGUCCUCAGAAAUGAACAGCCAAAUGCCAAAUGCCCUCUCUGUAGGAAUGAACUUCAAGUAGAGCACUUGGUGGAAUGUCCCCUAGAAGAGGAAAUAGACUCCAGUAGUGGAAAGAAGCCUGAUCGGGAGUGGAUAUCCAGUUCAAAGAUAAAUGCUCUUAUGCAUGCUCUGAUAGAACUGCGGAGGGAUAAUCCAGCUGCUAAAUGUCUCGUCGUUUCUCAGUUUACAACUUUCCUGUCGCUGAUAGAAAAUCCCUUGAAAGAAUCAGGGUUUGCCUUUACUCGUUUGGAUGGGUCAAUGGCACAGAAGAAAAGAGUGGAAGCAAUUCGGUGUUUCCAAAGCAACCAAGCAGGGUCUGCAACUAUAAUGCUUUUGUCUCUGAAAGCAGGUGGAGUUGGAUUAAAUCUGACAGCAGCUUCCCGAGUGUUUUUAAUGGAUCCCGCUUGGAAUCCUGCUGCAGAAGACCAGUGUUUUGACAGGUGUCACAGGCUGGGUCAGAAGCAUAAUGUUGUUAUUACUAAGUUCAUUGUGAAGGAUUCAGUGGAGGAAAAUAUUCUGAAAAUUCAGAACAAGAAGAGGGAACUUGCAGCAGGAGCCUUUGCGACCAAAAAGCCUUCAGCAAGUGAUGUGAAACAAAACAAAAUUAAUGAAAUUAAGGCUCUGAUUGAUUUAUAGCUUCAUCCUGUGGUAUUUUCAGUAAAUAAUAUAUUUAAUGUUUUAGAUAAUACUGUUCUUCAAGUUAUAUGUUCCAUGCUAACUUUCAGUUUUGUUCUCUUUGUGCUCAAAAUAUAAAUGCUUCAAAUAAAUUAUAAAAACAAAUUUGCUCCUAAAUGUUAAUUUAGAAGCACACAAACUCCUGAAAUUAUUCCAGUGUGCAUUUCUUCAAAAGGUUGCUUAUUACGUUCAAUGCUUAAGAAUACAUAAAAGUCCCUCAAAACGGAAAUGUGUAUUGAUACAUUCUAACUUGCAAGCAUUUCAUCUUUUUUUAGAGGUGAAAAGGUGAUAAAAGGUACAUAGUAUGUGUUUCCUCCUUCAGACAAAACCCUUUAGAAAUGAAUUAGUUUCGUGUUUCUGUCUCAAUGUUGCCUGAUAAACAAACAGAUCAUCUGGAUUGUUUGUUUCAGAAUAGGUGGUCAGUGACACUUUGUAAGGAAUUUUUACUUUUGCAGGCUAUGUCCGAAGAUGGUAUUCAGUUAAAAAUUUUAAAAUAUUUUGUACUGUUUCUGAAUAAUAUACAGGUGGAGGAGGGAGUCCCUCUGUUGAUUACUUCACAGGACCUAGUAAAAAGGAAGUACUUCAGUUUGUAAAACACUUUCUUUUAAUGUUUUACUUACUCUUAGAAGAAUUCCAAUGAUUUUUAUAAAAGUGAAGGUUUUCUUGUUUGGAUAAAAUGCUAGAAUCACAGGCAUGUAUUGAUAACAUGCUAUCUGGUAAUUUCAGUAGACACUUUGAACAGUAAGACUGUGCUAUAUUCAAAGUAGAUAAUAACCCACUCACAUGCCAGUGAAUCAGUACAAUAAAUUGUAUCAAUUUGUAUAAUUGUACAAUAAUUUAAACAAAGUAUUUUAAUAGCUGCCAGCUUUCUAACAGUUUUCUUGCACUGCUUUUCCACUUGUAGUGGAAGAACUACGUGUUUUUCACUUCCAUACAUGUCUUUAUGGAAUGCUGGUCUGCAUGCUGCGUGAUUUAUGGAGGAAGAAUUUGGUAAGCUACUCAUGUUCAGGUACCACAAACUAAUAAAUAGCACUGAAGAAUCUCAGUUGAGUAUUAGUUGAAUAUUCUUGUCUGUUCCUUUCUUUCCAUUUGAUUCUGGUCUUCUGAUACGUGUGUACCUAACAUUCUGCUGCCUUCACCCUAAUGCUCAGACUUCACAUUGGAGGCAGAGGUUGCUAUAUCUGGGUCCUGUUUAGAUUUGGGAAGUGUACUUGGCAGAAGAGAAGUGGAAUCUGACUUUGCUUGUAAUGCCUUUCACCUCUUCUUAUGUCCUAAGAAUACCAGCCAGCUGAUUGUAAGAUGAAUUGCAAAUACAGGAAAAGGACUGGGAAAAUAAAGGGAAGAUGUCUACUAUUUGGAGAAACAGUGAGCUAAUGAAAGAAGUGAGAAAGGAAUUAAAAAUAUGUAACUUAACAAGCUGAUGCAGUUUUUGGGAAGCCAGCAUCUUAGCUAUGGAGAAAAGUGUGCUUUAAGUCUGUUAGAAAAGGAAUCAAAAGGGCAUGAAUGAUGGAAGACAGCAUGAACCCUGGUGACUGGUUAUCACUGGAAAGUUGACAAAAGAUAAAAAAAACCAGAGCUAAACCUGAUUGAAGUUGGUUUUUUUGGGAGUUUUUUUGCAUAAAGUUUUUCUGGUUCAGAUUCUGAUAUUUAGAGAUAAGCUGGAGAAAUAAUUUGUGAUUAUGAGGGAAAGAUUUGUCUUUGUUUCAUUAUUUCCAUUUUCCAAGUUAAAAUUCCACAGGAAAGAGACCCAUAUCUUUGGCUAGUCAAGCUACAUCAUUACUUGUGUGAAAAUGUGCUGACAUUUUGCAGAAUGGCUUAGUUAUCAUUAUGAAAACAGUUACUAGUAUCUUUUUCUUCUAUUAGACAAUUGUUUCCAUGUUCCAAAGCCAUAUAAAAACUUACUGAAGGUGGUACUAAGCUAUAUGAUCUCUGCCAACAAAGUCAUUAAUGUAUCUGAGAGAACAGAUAGAGGUCAAAGCUGAGAACAGAAAAGUCCUGUUUGAUUUGAUGGAGCCCUUCCUUCAGUUACUCGGGUGGAUAAAACCCCUUGUGUUCUGGUGGUUUGGAGUUUAUUUCUGCUUUUCAUGACCUCUAAGUAGUCUUUGGCUAUCGGCAUUCUCUUUUGUGGAGUUUG